AUGUUACGUACCGCACGAACUAUACUCACAAAUUUCUUGACAAGUUCAAACAUUAACACCACCACGAAACCGGCCAAAGCUAGGAAACAUCAGUCCAUUUAUCAUCAUUAUCCCACCAAACCACUACCACCUCCGCCUCCUCAUCUCCUCCAAUUCCAAUCACCGGAACCACCAGUCACCGACAUGGACAGAUCACCUAGCAGGGAGCUCCAACUCCAAGGACCUCGUCCAGCACCUCUAAAAGUGCGUAAAGAUUCCCACAAGAUCAGAAAAGCACCAGUUGCACAACCACCGCAGCAGCUGCCACCUCGACCACCAGUCAUAAUCUACACCGUCUCCCCCAAGAUAAUCCAUGCAAAUCCUAAUGAAUUUAUGUCACUAGUUCAACGUUUAACCGGCACGAAUUCGACCUCCUCGACGUCUUACUCUUCCUCAGUUUUUCAAGAAAAUUUCAACAAUGGUGCAAUAUCUCCAGCUGCACGUUUUGCUUCUAUAGAAAAAACUAAGCCCCCAGAAGGAAGAAAAUUACCAAAAGCUUUUAAUGGGAUGGAGAUGGUUGAAGGGAUAAAUAUUAGCACAGAAAUUGACAGCACUUGCAGGCAAUUUCAGGGAAUUAGUAGCUUUACUUCCGAAUCAUCUUGGUGA